GUCAAAGCAGUAAUGGUCACUGGAGACUGCUAUUAUGCGGCUAGCCAUGUACAAGAGCAGUUAGUUGCUGCUUUGGAGGAUUUUCAUGCAGAACUCCUUCCGGAGGGCAAGGCGGAUUUCAUCAUAGAAUUUUAAAAGGAAGCACGAGCAGGAAUGACAGGUGGUGGUCUAAAUGAUCCACCUGCAUUGCCUACUGCCGAUGUUGGCAUCUCAAUGGGUGUUUCUGGUUCGGCACUUACCAUGGAAACGGGAAUAUCAUCCUCAUUUCAAAUGACCUUGGCUAGCAAGAAGGGUGAAAAGGAAAAUUGUUGAAAAUGUCAUUCUUUCCAUCACUAUUAAGUCUAUACUUUGGAGGUGUGCAUGACUGGGCUGAACAAGAAGAGUUCAUCUGUGUUUUUCAAGACACAAACAAACUAUGCUAUCGUUAUGACUGGAACAUCCGGAUUCCGGAAGAUUCUCCCUGGAUCGGAUAUACGCAACUUUAAUUUUAACCCUUGUGGAUUCAGCUAUGCAAGUUUUUGAAGUGAUGGGUUACGACUUCAAAGAUGUUGUCAAGUUGGGUGAUCUCACCGAGAGGGACCAGAGGGUGUUGGCCUGCUUCCGACCUGCUGAGUUCUAUGUUGCUUUGCAUAGUGAUGCCCUUGGAGAGAAGCUUGACUCAGUUUUCAAUAUUGAUGUGAAUGGACAUGUCUAUGGGGAGAAGAGCUAUUACGUUCUUGGAAAGGGAGGAUCAAUAAUGUACUGUGGGUUCACUAGCAUUGGAAGUGGCGGAUGUGGGUAUCCCAGGUUCACCCUUCUAUGUCGUUGGAGCGAGAAUCAAGUUGUUAUCAACUCUCUUCUUAAGUACUAAGUUGUCGAGUCUGGUUUUUAUUUCCUAUCAUUUCUACUUGUUUGGAGUCUGGUGUGUUGUUGGAGCGAGACUCAAGUUGUUAUCAACUCUCUUCUUAUGUACAAAGUUGUCGAGUCUGGUUUUUAUUUCCUAUCAUUUCUACUUGUUUGGAGUCUGGUG